CUGCGGCCGCUAAAAUAAACCCUGAUGUUUUUCAGUGGUCUGUACCCAUAGUCCGGUACUGACUGCGUUAUGAGUGGAUCCGACAUCGUGGUGGUCACAGGUUUUGGACCUUUUCGACAGUUCCUGGUGAACCCCAGCUGGACAGCAGCCCAGGGCUUGAAGUUGGUCGGAUUGGGAGAAGGGACUGAUGUUUACAUCAAGAAGGUGCCAGUGAGUUAUGUGAAGACCCAGCAAAUCAUUGCUGAGAUUUGGCAAACUCUUCACCCAAAGUUUGCUGUACAUCUGGGCGUAGCCAGAGGUUCUAGUGUCAUCAUUCUGGAGCAAACAGGAAAGAACAGCGGCUACAGAGACAAAGACGUGUGCGGCUUCUGCCCUGAGAGUCACUGCUGUGUGGAGGGAGGACCAGACAAACUGGACUCGGUCGUUAAUAUGAGGGCUGUCGCCAAAGAGCUCCAACAAGCAGGGGCGGAUGUUGUUUAUUCAAGAGAUGCUGGCAGGUACCUGUGUGACUUUGCAUAUUACUGCUCACUGUAUUACGGUCAGAGGAGAGCGGCAUUUAUCCAUGUGCCCUCAUCUGGCAGCCUGACCUCAGGUGACAGACUGGUACCACUGCUGCAGAGCCUCAUUCUCGCCAUGCUGGACCAGCUGGAGGACUCUUCAGAAACCACGUGAUGAGAACAUGAGCGAGAGGUCUCUUUGCCGUCUACAACAGCCUCUGCAGCUGGGUGCCAGCUCUGCUCUGCAUAGAGGAAUUAUGGGUAGAGCUUUUCUUAAGCACGCGCCUUGCUUCAUACUCUAAAGCAGCAGUCAGGGGAGGGGGGACGGCUUGGGCUUGUUUUUCAGCAGCGCAGCAAGUGUCUUAAAGUUGACGUUAAGAUGUCCAAACCCAGGAAGCGAAGA